GGAGCGCUGCCAACAAAGGCCGAGUCGAUGGGGUUACAAAAAGAUUGUUAAUUUGGACAUCAAAACCCUUUGUUGUUGUAAUUAUUAUUAUAAAUAGGUUGUGAAUCUGUGAUUACUGUUAAGAAAAUGUGUGAAUGAUAUGAAACGUGACGACUAGCAAAGGAGUCAGCUGGUCCACAGUGCGAAUAGUGAAUAAGAAAUGGCGGCCUUGCCAGCAGGUGUUCAGUAUGGGUUAUCAUCAGAGUCUAGUUAUAAAGAAAAUAAGGAACUAGUGUUUGUGAAACUUACGGAUUCAGCUCUGAAAGCUAUAGAAGACUUUAUUAGGAAUAAUAGGGAUAAAUUGGCAAAACCUACGAUACAGUUCCUACCCGGAAAUGAAGGGAAAAUCUCAAUUCCGGCACCCGCAACUAGCAAUGGCCCGACUCAUGAAUCUACGUUUCACUUCAGCAUCAAUAGUAAUGCAGAAAUGGAGGGUCCACAGGGUUCGUUUGAGUGCGUCAGGGGCGGCGGCGCGCGGCGGCUGGAGGCGUGCGGGCCGCUGCCGCGACGGAUGCGCGUGCAGGCCAACGACGACUCGUACGAGGCCACCAAGGACCGCAUGGCGAGGACUGUGGCCGCCGAACAGAGUAAAUGCACCCGAGUGAUAAAACCGAACCAAACGGACAUCGGUCGGCGUGUGAAAGUGCGCUCCUCCCAUCCCCUAUACUCGUCCGGGCCCGCGGCGCUCGGGGCCGAGCGGUCCGAGCGGCCUGAGCGGCCUGACCGGCCUGAGCGGCCUGAACGGCCUGAACGGCCCGAGCGGGUGGAGCGGCCGUCGACGGCGCGGCCGGCGCCGACGCCCGCGCCGCACCCGGGCGCGCUGCAGCCGCAGCUCCCCCACCAGCCGCAGAGGCCCCCUCAGAACCCGCAACUCGCGAGGCGGUCCAUCAAAGAAAGACUUAUACAGUUAUUAGCAUUGAAACCCUUCAAAAAGCCGGAGUUAUACUUAAGGCUCAAUCAAGAGGGAAUCAAGGAAAAGGAACGCAGUGUGGUGAACAAGAUCCUGCCACAGAUAGGCUCGCUGAAGGACAACUGUUAUCACUUACAUAGGCACAUAUGGAACGACGUCAACGAGGAUUGGCCGUUCUAUACCGAGGAGGAGAAACGCAUACUCAAGAGGCGGAAACCUCAAAAUCUAACACCGCCGGUCUCGAGCGACUCCACCAACUCCCUGUCGCCGCGCGCGUCGCCCGGCGCGCCCGGAACCCCCGGCGGCAAGCGGCCGGGUGUGGGGGGUGCGGCGGGGGAGGAGGCGCCGGCCGCCAAGAAGCAGCGCAUCUCCCACUACCGCCGCCCCAGCCCGCCCUCCUCCGGCUACGCCACCGGCAGCUCCGGCGCCUCCUCCGGCGAGCGCCACGCCUCCGACAACGAGGACGACCGGACCACAGUCAAAAAGGAUAACGGCUACACGCUCAGUUUUAACACUGUUAAGGAGCUCUGCCCGAGUCCUGUGAAGGCGAACGGUUAUAGAAGUAGUCCCCCAGUAGAGCAAACUAGUAUCACAGAAAAAGACAUCACAAAUACGGAACCCUUAGAAAAUACUGAAUUAACGUCGGGGCCCGAUGAGACCAUGACUGAUGUAGAAGAGAUUGAAAGGCAAUACCCGCCAAUAACGAGUUCGAGUACGCGGCGAGCCUACAAGAACGAGUUCGCGGAACUAUACACCGAGUACCAAUCCCUAUACGCGCGCGUGGCGCAAGUGGCCAAACUGUUCACGUCGCUCGAGCUCCAGCUCAAGCGCGCGCCGCCACACUCGCCGCACCAUCAGAGCAUAGAACAACGCAUCGUGGAAGAGUACCGGCGCGUGCAGAACGACGGCGAGUACCAGGCGCAGAAGCGCCGCGUCAACUACCUGCACCGCAAGCUCACGCACAUCAAGCGGAUGGUGCAGCAAUACGACCAGCUGUCUGUCACACGAUUAAAGGACCUUCCACGUAACCUGAAGUCGGAGCGCGUCCCCAGCGCGAGCACGACGCAGGCGUACUGACGGUGACACGCCGCCUCGCCCGCCGCCCGUCGCCGAGGGACUGUAUACUGCCGUAGCAUCUAAGCUCGUACGCGGCGCCGUCCGGCCGCCGACAGUGAGUGCCUUGUGUCGUGGGAGAGCGACGCCGGACCGCCCCGUCCUGCACGGUCACGGUCGCGGUCAGCCAUCGUUCCGAUCAGUCUGCGUUGCGACUCCGAUGAUCCAGGCCGAUUGAGAUCGUGGCCGCGUUCCGAUCUAUUUUUACACAGUGCCAUGUUCGUUUGCAGAUUCGCAAUCGUGUGGACUGAAUACAAUAAUUGUUUCGUUAAUGAUUUUAAGGAUUAUUAUUAUAGUUUUAGUGAUCGAAUUCCAUGUCUCAUCUUAACGCCGCGGUCGAGGUCCGAGUCCCCGAUGGUCGACAUAUCUGAUAUGGAGAUUAUUUUAAGUUUUAACGUUCUUCCAUUAAUUUUACUCGACGCGCCGACCUCGGCCGCUCAGAAAUGUAACGCAUGACUCUCCCGUAAUGUGUGAACAUCUGCACCGUCACAAACUUCUGAUGAGAAGAAGAUAAAAUAGUAAUUACCUAUUAAAAUAGAGCAAAUUAUUUUACACUACGAGCUUUUACAUAACUUCACUCCUUAUAUUUGUUUAUAUGUUUGCAAGCUGAUUAUCACCCACUUCCAGUGUUUGUAUUUAAAUUCGAGGACAAUACGAUAAAAUAAUGUCAACCAAAAAGCUGUAAGAAUGAAAUUAUGAUAUGAACUUAUUUUUAAUAUUAAUAAUAUGUAUAUAUAAAUUCUGUCGAUCAUCUUCUUCAUGACACUGUCCCUUGCUUUUAUAUACAUAAAUAUAUUUCGGAAUUGUAUAUAUUAUACGUACAAUUCUAUUUACAUGAUUAUUUUAUACAUCAGUAACUCACCAUAUUUCCAGUAAUAUCAUUUCAAAAUAGCAUAUAGUAAAAGUGUGGGUCAAACGCAUUGAAUACCGUAAUAAGAAGCUGUAACACAACGUUCACAGACUUCUUAGAUCUAUUACUUUGUGUAAAUUAUAUGAGUAUAAAAACAAAUUAUUAUCUACAUAAUAUAGUCCACUUGAUAUUUUUUCGUCCACAUUUUAUUCCAUUCGAAAAUAAUUGCCGUCUAAUGUUGUUGUUGUCCAAAUGAAAUUUGCUUAUACUGAUUAUUGAAUUAUUUUACUAUUACCAACAAUUUUGAAGUCAAUUUUAAGACUAUUGGCCUUGGAAAACAAUUAUAACAUCUUAAGUCGGUGAUGUUCGUAUAUUAUCAAUAUGGUCCACGAUCCUUUCGAUGCUUCGCCGUUUGUAAGGUUUAGUCCAUCUUCGUCCCCUCUAAGGAAUCCAUCCAAUUAAAGAUGGACGCUUGUUUUGUUUUAUGGUAUCUUGCCCAGGUUCGUGUUGUAUAUAGUAUUUAAAUAUAAUGUCCCGGUAUCCGUCGCGCGGCAUAUAUAAUAAAGUCCUUGUUGUGCCCGCAUAUUUAUUUGUCUUCUAAUCGCCAUUGAAAGAUCUUGUAAAUAUUAUAAAACGCUUUAAAGUUCUUGAGAUUGACGGUCGAUACUGUUUGCUUUUACGGUUUGAAAUCUGUUAAAAAUUCAAUACAACUUGUGUCCUAAAGUUAGCAAUAACCGGCCAGUGCGAAACAUCCACUAGGAGUAAGAAAUUAUUUUGGUCCUCUUCGGAAAUACCCUCCAGAACACAAUAAACUCUUAGUACAUAUAGUGCGCUCGGGCGAGGCGGUGGCAGUUCGAUGACAUGCCAUUUAUUGGAAAAACCAAGUCACAAUAUACAAUUAUACAUACUUGCACGACAACCUUUAUCCCUCUCUCAGGAGUCUAAAUUUGUCAGCAAAAAUAGACCUUUUAAAUUUAGAAUUAGAUUCUCUUUUGCUGAAUCGGUAUCGUCCGUGGGAAGUGGGGGGGUUAACCUCCAUUUCAAUAGCAUACAAAAUUAUGUCAUUUUGAAUCAAAUCUUUCAGUGACAACAAUAAACGAAUAAAAAUAUCAGGCCCCUAUUUCACCACGGUGACAGGUGCGACAAUUGUCGAAAUCACUGUUACUGACGUCACAGGCCUCCAUAGGCUACGGUAACCGCUUACCAUCUUACGGGCGGUGUGCUUGUUUGCCACCAACAUGUUAAUUAAAAAAAACUCCAUUAUAUCGCCAAUUAAUAAGUACUUAUUUUGCGAAGCUAAUGACAAUUGUCACAAGUAACACGAUAAUUUGUCGUGUUUCUUAUGACAAUUGUUAUUAGGGGCCUGUGUAGUCUAGUUACAUAGAAGAAAUGUCAAACGACUCGAGAGAUAAUUUACUACUCUCGGUUUCAUUGCCUAGAGAAUUAAUUCGUAGUGGGAAUGCCGUGCCGUUAUCCAUAAAUUGCUGUCAAAUCUAACUAAAAUACUGUUGAAAUUCGUCACACGUCAGUCUUUGUUAGAAAUAAUCCAAAAUUAACAUUAAAAUUUCCAAAUAGGGUUAAAGGUUCGUCAUAUUGUCGAUAAGUAAGAGCUUGGCCACUGCCACCGGCCCGGGCGAGAGGAGAGCCGUCUUGCAUAUUUUGUCCUGAUAUUAACGUCCAUAUUGAAAUGAUUUAUAGCGUUAAGUAACUCUGGUUUUAUUGUUGAGCGGCAACUUCGCAAGUCCAGCUAAUUCCAAACGCAUAUGAAUCAAUUCUAAACGCCAGAAGCGUCCUAAAUUCUAAUGUCAUUUAAUGUACAUAUUAUAUACUUCUUUGUUAUUAUAUGCGUAUACGUAUUAUUAUCAUUGUAAUAUAAUAAGUAUGAUGCAAGCAUGCAUAGGUUUACGAAACCUUGUUGAAGGAUACUGUUUCGGUUAAUUUUGUCAAUUAUUGUGUCAAAAUGAAGUUGCUAUUAUUUCACUAUAAUUGUCAAUUGUUUUGGAGCUCGCUCACAAGUGACUCCAUCACGACAUGCAAGUUGGUUAGUCAAUUCAACAAUUGCGCGGCCUUUUAGUUGCUCAGUUAAUAGUUGUCGUUUAAUUGCUUUUUACUCAUUAAAAUGCUCAAUGUUUGUGGUCAUGAUAUUAGUUAAUUUUCGUUGGAUUUUUAUUUAUUAGUAUUUAUUUUCACUCUCAUUGUAAAUUUCUACACUUUGCCCAUAUCGUGUUUUAUUCAUCAUGACAUCGCUUGCCCUUCUCAAAUUAAAAAUUCAGUAUCGAAAUUAUGAAAUAUCAUCACAAUGGUAAUAAAAUGGUAAUAGGAAACUCAAUCAAAUCGAUAGGAACAAACGUUAAAAAUGUUAUUGUUACCACUAGUUUAAGCACUCUGAAUUGUUUUAUUAUAAUUAUUUGUUUCACAAUGAGAUACUGAUUGCUUGUGUUAGUAAUUUCAGGGAAAUUGUUAUUUAUUGAAGUGGAUAUUGUGUAAGAUGCAUUCCAUAUGUCAGAACCGUUGAUUAAGCACUGUUCAUUGACGCACGUGAUUCAUGACUAGUGUAUGAGAACAUGAAGUAUAUUUUUACAAAGAUUUAAUAUCCUCUCGUAGACGAAGCUGGUCUGUAAUCUGCUUGACGGGAACACGAGACUAGUGCCGCCAUGUUGGCCCGUCCGCGUCUCCUGUUGCUGUCAAUCUAACAUCGACUUCUUUGAAAGAACAAUAUUUUGUAUGAGAUGAAUAAGAUAUCCCUAAUGUUGAAAUUCGAUACAUUGUCACAAAGGGAGGAAGAAAAUGUCAAAUGUUGCUCGAUUGUUACCGAUUAAGUAAUUAGGAAGUUAUGUAUUUUGUCAUAUUUCUUAUACAAAGGAAAAAUAUCUCAAUGAAAUAUCAUAGUCCAAUGUAUAUAUUUAGAGUCUAGUAUCACAUCUUUUUAAACUGAGUUAGAACUAAUUCCAGAUAUGUAUUGUUCUUUGCGGCAUGACAAACGCGCCACGUCGCUUGUGAUGGUGCGUUCACGAGCUUGGCGAGAUGAAUGUAUGUAGCUUCCGUCAAGCGAGUGAAUGCACAGUCAGCAGCAGAAGUUGCUAAGCGGGUGCGGUGUUCAAAAUAACCUUGACACGCUCUUAUUCUCUUAACAAUAAAGUCGCGUCAAGAUCAUUUUGAACACCUGGCCCGCUUAGCAACUUUUGCUGCUGAGCACCAUAGUUGUUGUCCGCCAACACGGAACCGCGAGAUGUCGGGCCGGUCACGUUGACCCCAUUAUUAACCAAGCAAUGAAUCGGGCCUAUUUUAUAAUACAGAAUAUUGUUAUCGGGUGGCUAAUUUGUCAUGUGCAAACUUAUGUAAUGCGUUAUAUUAGCUGAUAUCGUAGCGGCUAAGGCGGGCGUUACAUAAAGAUCCUUACCUUACUUUUAUUUUUAGAUAUAGUUGAGUUUGCGUAUUCUGAUCAAAUGUUAUUGUAAAUUUGGUGUACAGUAGAGUGGAACGGGCCGUCGCUGCGCCUCGCCACAUGUAUAUAGACCGUCGCCGCGGCGGGCGGAGUGAGCGGCCGCGGAACGAUGCUGCGAUAUUCCUUGUGCCCCUCGAAAUAUCACUGCAUAAUACGAGUCAAGAUGUAUAGACGAUGCGGUAGUGUUAUUGUGUAUAGAUGUGUUUAUACAAGCUCGAGUCGAGACUUGCCAGCCGGUUCGAGCGAACGACGACUUGCUAUGAAUCCUGACAUCGGCUCACGUUAAUUAGCUUUUAAAUAUUUCAUCAAAAUAUAAAAUACACAAAAAAAAAUGGAUAUAAAUUUCUCGACCAAGUACUGGUUGUUUUUAAAUUAUUAAAAUGUAAAAAAAAAUUAGUGUAUAAACAAGUGUACAAUUUAUGAGUUAUACUUUUCUUUUCGGCAUUUCAUGUAACAGUGGAAGGGACCCGACUGCGGUCGACGGCUGCAACCCUGUUGCGAUCCUACACUGUCGAAAGUUAUAUGAUUAUGUUUGCAAUUACUUUUGCUCAUAGCCCUCUUCCAUUGCUUUAUUUUUGUUUUGUCAACUGACUAAGUGUAAUAUAUAUAAUUUUGUUAAGGCAGGGUAUAGAAGAGGUACUUUUAUAAUUUGAAAUGCUUGAUGAUUUGUUUGAAUGUUUAAAAUUGAGUUGAUUUUAUCCAUUAUGAAGGAAGUCCUGAGUAGUUGUUUUUUUUUUUAAUUUGGAGUUCGAAUGAGGCAGCGGAUUAGCUUAUAAUUGUCAAGUUACCACAGAUACAAUAGUCAAGAGGUAGGCUCUCUUUGGCGUUGCCUUAACUGUUUGAAGCCGUUGGUUUGGGUCGCGAGCGACCCGCAGCGGGUAGUCAGUAUUACACCACGCAAAUCCCUUGAGCUGAAGAGAGGUUGUGAAAAGUAUCGUUAUAAAAGGUACCUAUUCAAAAUCUGGACAAACAGACUAACUCUUAAAAGCAAUGUUCAUUAAUUUCGAUUAUGGGAUCAGUGCCAAACUUUCUCUUUUCUUGUUUAGCUCAAAAUGUUGCUGUUUGGUUAGUCUGCCAUUUUGUGAAUAUUUUGUUUUGAUAGUAAUAUGUAAAUCUUUUAUAAUAUAUUUGUUUACAAUAAAUAAAUGACAACAUUAUAAAUAAAUAAAAUUGUAUUUUCCAUUUAAACUGAUGAAAAAAAUAUAAAAAGAAUAAUAUGCAAUGAAA